AGUUUUGUAUUGUUAAUUGGAAGAGUAUCCGUUCAAGUGUAUUAUUGCUUGAAUCGGUGGUUGUUUGUAAAGCCUAUAAGCUUGUGUUGUUUUAGAAUCCAAAGAAAUUGGGAUUAAUUUAGGGUUGUUGCAAAUUGCAAUUGCAAGUGUAGUUUGGUGCCAAUUUUCGAAAUCCAAUUCAUCGCGAGGUUUAAUGUUGUCACAGUGCCAUUUCCUCUCCCAAUCCCGAAUUCCCAAGGCUGCUGCUGUUUCCCCAACCUUUCGUCUCAGAGCCAUGGCGCCUCACACCACGCCUCUUCAACUCGAUCGCUUCGCCGAGGUCGGUAACAAACUCGCCGAUGCCGCCGGAGAAGUUAUCCGCAAAUACUUCAGGAAGAACUUUGACAUUCUUCAAAAACACGAUCUUAGUCCAGUAACCAUUGCAGAUCAAUCAGCUGAGGAGGCUAUGGUUUCAAUCAUACUAGAUAGUUUCCCUUCUCAUGCAAUUUUCAGUUAUGGAGAGGAAAAUGGGUGGAGGUGUAAAGAAAAGAGUGCUGAUUAUGUUUGGGUGUUGGACCCCAUUGAUGGGACAAAGAGCUUUAUUACUGGGAAACCUUUAUUUGGUACUCUCAUUGCUCUCCUACAAAACGGCACACCAAUACUUGGCAUAAUUGAUCAACCUGUGUUAAGAGAAAGGUGGAUCGGGGUAACUGGAAAGAGAACUACACUGAACGGACAAGAAGUAUCUACACGCACUUGUGCGGACCUUUCUCAAGCAUACUUGUACACUACAAGCCCACAUCUGUUCAGUGGAGAUGCAGAAGAGGCAUUCAUCCGUGUCAGAAACAAGGUUAAAACUCCAUUAUAUGGCUGUGACUGCUAUGCAUAUGCUCUUUUGUCAUCUGGUUUUGUGGAUCUUGUUGUUGAAUCUGGUCUGAAGCCAUACGAUAUUCUUGCAUUGAUACCUGUUAUUGAAGGCGCUGGAGGUGUCAUAACUGAUUGGAAAGGAGAUCAACUGUUUUGGGAAGCUUCUCCACUUUCGAUCGCAACACGUUUUAAUGUUGUGGCCGCUGGUGACAAACAGAUUCAUCAACAAGCUCUAGAUUCAUUACAGUGGAAGUGAUGGCUUGAAUUAACCUUCAGUGCAAAUAAUCUUCUCUGGAAACUCUCUUGGUUCAGAUGUUGCUAAGGACAUGUAUUAUUAUACCAUUAUUCGGGAUUUAUUUAAGUUGAAAACGGUGUACUCAGAAUAUUGAACUCCAUGAUUUAACCUCAUUCUCGAUUGGAUGGUCA